GCCAAGACAUCGGGAGGAGGCCGGAGCCGGGGGGAGGGGGAGAGCCCAGGCCCUGCCCCCCUCCCCCCUUCGCCCCCGCCUGACUGAGGCCAGAGCCGAGGGAAAGUUUUGGCCCGGAUGCCCGGGUCCACCAGGAUGGGCAGAGCGGGGCUGGCGUGGUGCCUGGCCCUCUGGUGCUGGGGAAGUUGGGCCCAGGAAGGUGUUUGGGACCCAUUUGUGACCGGACCUGGGAAUGUGACAGGGGCGAGGGGGCGAGGGGCUGUCCUUCGCUGUGAGGUUCGAGUGGCCGGGGAGGCUCCAGAGGUGAGCUGGCUUCGGGACGGGCAGGUCUUAGAACUGGCCGACAGCACCCAGACCCAGGUGCCCCUGGGGGAAGAUGGCCAAGACGACUGGAAGGUGGUCAGUCAGCUCAGGAUCUCAGCCCUGCAGCUCUCAGAUGCUGGGAGAUAUCAGUGCUCUGUGGCCGUGGAGGGGGAGACUUUCCUCUCGCCACCAGCCUACAUAGGUCUGGAAGGCCUCCCCUAUUUCCUGGAGGAGCCAGGAGAUAUGACUGUGCCUGCUGACACCUCAUUCAACCUCAGCUGCCAAGCUCAGGGGCCCCCUGAUCCUGUAAAUCUGCUCUGGCUUCGUGAUGGUGCCCCCCUGGCCUCACACGAUCCCACAAAGGGCCUGCUCUACCUGCCAGCUGAGGAAAGCAGAGCCCAGAGGGGCAGACAGGGGCUGGCCUGGAACAAGACAAGAAAUAUGGAAGGGUCAUUGGGAGAAGUCCAGUCGGGAGGAGCGCUCUGGGGAGUGGCAGGGGUCCUCUCUCACCUCCUGCCCAAUGCCCCCUCCCCACCCCCCCAGUUCCUACCAACUCAAACGCUGGUGAAGUUCAUGGCCGACAUCGCCAGUGGGAUGGACUACCUAAGCACCAAGAGGUUUAUUCACAGGGACUUGGCUGCCCGGAACUGCAUGCUAAAUGAGAACAUGUCCGUGUGCGUGGCUGACUUUGGCCUCUCCAAGAAGAUCUACAAUGGCGAUUAUUACCGCCAGGGCCGUAUUGCCAAGAUGCCAGUCAAAUGGAUCGCCAUUGAGAGCCUGGCUGACCGGGUCUACACCAGCAAAAGUGAUGUGUGGUCCUUUGGGGUAACCAUGUGGGAGAUUGCCACCCGUGGCCAGACACCUUACCCAGGGGUAGAGAACAGCGAGAUCUACGACUACCUGAGGCAAGGCCACCGCCUCAAGCAGCCACUAGACUGUCUGGAUGGACUGUACGAGCUGAUGUCCCGUUGCUGGUCCCUGAGCCCCAGAGACCGGCCAACCUUCGCUGAACUUCGAGAAGAGCUGGAGAUGACGCUGAAGGGCCUUCCCCCCACCCAGGACCCUGAAGAGAUCCUCUAUGUCAACAUGGAUGGGGAACCUGCUGGGGCAGCUGGUGGUACACCCCAAGCCAGCCCCCUGCCAGCCCCAAAGGCCUCCUGCAACUGCAGCUGCAUCACCUCUGCCGAUGUCCACCCAGCUGGACGAUAUGUCCUCUGCCCCUCCACAGCCCCUGGGGCUCCAAUGCCCACAACCAGGGGGCCACCUGCCCCUCCUGGCCAGGAGGAGGGGGCCUAGGUGAGGCCCCUCAAACCCCACCUCAAGCUAGGCACUGCCACUGGGGAAGCCAGGGGAGUUCACUCCUGGCUUCGCCCACCCAGCCCUGACCCCUGGGCCCUUCCAAGCCCUGCCCUUCAGAACCCUUGAAGCCACCCUCCAUUCCCUGACUCUUUCUCCUGUCUCUUGCCCUCUCUCCAGCUAUCCCUCUUCUUCCUCUUUCCCCAAUCCUCCACAUGUCCAUUCCCCGGACCCUUCCCUUUCUCCAUUUCUUCCCAUCUCUUUUUCCAUCCUCACUGUAGCCUUCAUUCCUUCUUUCCUCCCUAUCUCUCCCCAUUUCUUCCCUUCCCUGCCCCAGUCCCCCCACAUGACUGUCCUCCCUGCCUCGACUCUCACCAUCUCUGUACCCCUUUCCUCCAUCUCCUUCCAUCUUUGUCCACCUCCUUCUUUCUCCCUAUUUCUCUUCCUGACCCCCAUAGCUCCAUUCCUCCUUGGGGUAUGCCCCCCCCAGCUCUGUGCAAUGCAUUAGGGAUGACCUGCCCCCCCAGGCCAUCCUGUCCCCCUGAGCCAGUCCCUUCCCUCACAUGCAGAGAAUUCGUACAAUGUCGGAUCUCUCUCCUUCCUCUCUCACUUUCAGGGCCCAGUUUACCCCCAUAAACAUUUUGUACCAACCAG